AUGUCUCAGCCGCCGCUGCCCUUCGGCGCCCGCUUUGCGGGGCCGCCGCCGCCCCCCCAGUACCGCUGCUUCCCGCCCCCGGGGGGGCUGUUCGCGCCUUCCCCCGCCGCCGGCCCCUUCGCGGGAGCCCAGCUCCCGCCGCCUCCCCCCUUCCUGCCGCCCCCGGCGGGGGGCCCCGAGCUGCCCCCGGGCCGCCCCCUCCCGCUCCCCGCCGGCGGCCCCUACUUCCCCGCGCCCGGGGGAGGCUGCGGCCCGGCGCCCCUCGGCCGGGAGGCGGCCCCGCGGCUCCUGUACCCGGCCCCGGGGCCGCCGCCCUGGCAGCCGGGCCCGCCGCCGUGGGGCGAGGGCAGCGCCGAGCCGCGGGAGGCGGCCGAGGGGGAGGAGGAGGCCGCCCUGCGGCAGCGCGAUGAGCUGUGGCUGGCCCAGUUCCUGGCCCACAGGCGGCCGCGGCCCCGCGGCUUCCCCCCGCCCCCGCCGGGCGCGCCGAGCCCCAGCCGGGCCCGGCAGCUGGCGGCGGGGGCCCUGCGGCCGGUGGCCCAGCUCGCGGGCCUGUGCCGCGCCAUGCGGCAGCUGGAGGCCGCCGGGGACGAGGCGGGCUGGGGCCAGGCCCACGGCCAGGCCCGCGCCCUGCUGAGCGAGCUGCGGGAGCAGGUGCGGCCCCUGCGGGAGCCCGGCUACCUGGGCGAGCUGCGGCGCAAGGCGGAGAAGGCGAGGAAGAGGCGGCUGCGCCUCCGCAAGAGGAAGCAGGAGGCCGAGGCGGCCCGGGAGGAGGAGGCGGCCCGGGCGGCGGAAAGGGAGGCCAGGAUCGACCGCUGGCGAGCCAAGUGCGUGCAGGAGGUGGAGGAGAAGAACCGGGAACGUGAACUUAAAGCUGCAGCAGACAGUGUCUUAUCUGAAGUAAGGAAAAAACAGGCUGACACAAAGAGAAUGGUGGACAUCCUGCGUGCUUUAGAAAAGCUUCGAAAACUGAGAAAAGAGGCAGCAGGAAGAAAAGGUGUUUGUCCUCCACCCUCAGCAGAUGAAGACUUUGAACAUCACAUAGAGAGGCUGAGGACACUGAUCAGAAAACGCACUGAACUGUAUGAAGCUGAAGAGAGAGCAUUAAGAGUUAUGUUAGAAGGAGAACAGGAAGAAGAGAGGAAAAGAGAAAUGGAAAAGAAACAGAAGAAAGAAAGGGAAAAGCUUCUACAGCAAAAACGUGACAUUGAUUCCAAGUUAUUUGGGGAUCCAGAUGAGUUUCCCCUUAAUCAUCUACUGCAACCCUUUAGACAAUAUUAUUUACAAGCCGAGCAAUCUGUUCCAGCCCUCAUCCAGAUAAGGCAUGAAUGGGAUCAGUACCUGGUACCCGCUGAUCAUCCUGAAGGAAGCUGCAUCCCUCCAGGAUGGGUUCUUCCGACUCUCCCUACCAGUGACACCUGGGCCACUGCUGUUAGAUAAUUUAAUAAGUCAGUCUGAAGUGGUAGGUUCCCAGGGAAAAAAUAAAUAUACUGUAAAUAUGUGCAUGUGUAUAUUAUGUGUAUUUUUCCCUUGAAAUCUACAUCACCACUUCAUUUUUUUAAAUUGUAAAGCAUGUAGCAAGAUACUGGAGUUGGAAUUUCCUGUAGAAAAGCGAUAAGGGAAAAAUCUUUUCAACCUCCUGGAUCAAUAGAUAAAUAUCCAAGUGUAAAAGAUAGUGUAAGCCAUGUUUGUUAGUAAUGUUGUGGUGCUGUAGAGUUACAGUUCUGUUAUAGCAGCAAAGAAUCCUGUGGCACCUUUAUUUAACAAGUCUUUGGAUUUGAGGAAAUUUGUUUACAAUUUGAGUGCAUUGUAAGUGGGCUGAUACCUUUGCAGAGCAUGUGUGUGCAAUCAAAAUGCUCACAUUGGACAUCUCUAGCAUGUAAGCUUUGAGUUCAGCAGUCAUCUCUUUCUUCCCUCUUCUGGUUGUAGAGAUAAUGAAUGACUGUUGCCAAAAGAGGUGACUUUCCAUAGAAAACUAAUGUUGAAACAAAUUCCUAUCCCAAAAGUAGUAUCAGUCAGUGAAUCUCGAUCUAACAUUUGACCCUGAAUUCAAGAUCUCUUUUUAAAACACAAAACAAGCAAACAAAACAGCCAACACCACAUAAUUAUAUAAGUAUAGACAUUUCUAAGAGUCACAGUGGUCAACCUAAGUUCUAAUCUUGACUCUACCACUGGCUUGUUUUUUGGCCUUGGCAGUCAAUAAACUCUUUUUGUCUAUUUAAGCAAACUGCUAAAUAGGAAUAAUUUCCUACCUCACAAGGAUUAAUGUUGUAUAGUGAGUUUAAAAUGCUAAAUAUUACUUAUAUUGAUAUGCUGUUUAGCCAUUAUGCAUCAAGCAUAGCUCACACAUUUAAUAUUUUUCUAAAUAAAAAGUGUGAGCUCCACAGAUGGCCUCUCUUUCAGGCAGAUUAGUAGCCAGCUUUUGGGCAUUAUACAUGCAAUAAUAAAUGCAUGCAGCUUGAAAAAUCUAGCUCUUUCAUUGUCUCCUGUUCAAAAUCACAGUUAUUUUUCCUCAAUGAAGGGCUUAAAGUGUUGCCUUCAGUUUUGUUAUAAGAAUGAAAAGGUUUUUCCCCUCGGUAUAGUCAUGUAUUGCACUGUGUCCAAGAGACACUUUGUUUAUAAAACCUGAAAUUUUGUAUGUGCUAGAUCUUCCUAUAGACUAGACAUUGGAGCCUAUAUUCAUGUAAUAUCUGUUACAUUAUAUUGUAUUUGGGUGUGGUACUAAUAGAAGUAUACUGGCAAUCCUAAUUGUACAUCAGCAAUGCUGUGAUUUUUUUAUUUUUUUUUAAAUACAGUAAAAGUAAUACAUUUAUAUAAAUUCAAACUGUCUGGUCAAGACUACAUACAGUGGAGUCAGUGGGAAUUUUAAUUUAAGAAAAUGAACCACAAACACAAUUGCAGUUCUUUAUUAAUAAACACCUUAAAGAGAAUUCAUAAAUUAUGCCACACCAGCUUUAAAUCAUUGUGUAAUUCCUAGGUGAUUGCAACACAUUGGAGAUUAUUUUCAUUUAAAGCAUUCACGUCUCCCAUUAAAUCUACAGUGAGUGGAGAAUUUCCUCCAUUGUACGGAAAACUGUAACGCUUAGAGGAGUUUGUAAUACCUAGGCACGAGGAAUGAGCUAAGAGUGGCCAUCAGCAUUUAUUCUGAAUAUCCUUGCUUUUAUGGGUUUGUGACACUUUAAUUCUUUGGUAUAUUUAUACUAAUGUUUUGUAACUAUCUUUUAAUUACAGUAUUAAAAUAUUGACUCGGUCUUGAAUGGAAAAAGACUAAAAGUGUAAAUCUCAUUUUCUCAGUUUGAUGUUUCUGCUGUUUUCUGUAUUAAAAUGUUUUUGCUGAUUUUAUGAACAGGAAUCAAGGUUAUGAAGACAUCAGAACUUUAAAAAAUCACUAGUAAGCAAGACCUUUUUCUCAUAUUUAGUAAUAUAUCAAGCAUAACUAUCAGUCUCUUUCCAUACUUUGUUAGUAGACAUUAGCAAUUACAAGUUGAACAAAACCCUUAAAAUGCAAACUGGAGUUUAGAUUUUUUAAAUGCUUGGUGGAAGUAGCAGUUUUUGGCAUUUUGAUCUGAAGAGUGCUAAAAUGGGAAUAUCUCCCAAAUUGUUAUGCUCAAAAAGGUAGACUAGCCAUGUGACUAUAUAGCUUGAUAAAUAAGCCUACUAGAAAAAAAAGUAAUACAAACUGAAGCCUAAUUCAUUGUAAUUGUUCUUGCUAGCUAGCUACUUUCUUCCUUUGUAAGUAGAUACCAUUUGUAAAAUAUAAUUUGGUCAAAAAUACAACUCUCAUUUUGUAAGUGCAUUUUAUACUUUAAAAAAAAAAUAAAUAAAGGAAAUUGUCAAA